AUGUCGGUAAGAAAUCGUACGGCACCCGGUCCCGACAGAAUAAGACCAGAACACCUGAAGAGCCUUCCGCCAGUACUCAUCAACACCCUGGCGAGGCUCUUUACACGUUAUCUGUCGGAAUGCAAGCUUCCCAAACAGUGGAAGACCAGCAAGACCGUCUUGUUGUAUAAAAAACGAGAUCCACAUGACAUCGGCAACUAUCAUCCAAUCUGCUUAGUGUCCGUCAUCUACACGCUCUUUACAAGAGUAAUCCUUAAUAGGAUUGAAAAAGUCUUGAAUGAAGGACAGCCAUGCGAGCAAGCAGGGUUUCGAAAAGGAUUCAGCACGAUUGACCACAUUCACACUGUUUCAAAACUCAUCGAGGUAUCACGAGAGUACAAGAUGCCGCUCUGCCUCACCUUCAUCGAUUUAAAGAAGGCCUUGGACUCAGUUGAGACGGAUGCGGUCGUGGAAGCCUUGGACAACGAAGGCGUCCCUACUCAAUACAUAAAGGUACUUCGAGAGUUUUGCAGUAACUUCACGACCGGAAUUUCGCCAUUCCACAACAAGAUCAUCAUUGACGUGAAGAGGGGGCUCCGACAGGGUGAUACAAUUUCACCCAAAAUAUUCACAGCCACCCUCGAGAACACAAUGCGAAAGUUGGAAUGGGACGACAUGGGAGUGAAGGUUGAUGGUCGGCGGCUACACCAUUUGCGCUUUGCUAAUGACAUCGUACCUAUAACACCUAGCAUCAGUCAAGCGGAACGAAUGCUGACCGAAUUCGACGAAACAUGUGGAUGCAUCGGUCUUCAGCUGAAUCUACAAAAGACGGUAUUCAUGAGUGACUCAAAGCCUCAUUAA